ACCUGCGCUCCUCCCGGCAGUCCGCUAUGUGCGCUGAUCGGCUGCGCACCGGGCUCCGCUAACACGCUCUGUCCGCACCGCGCCACCAUGGACGGCACCAACAACACCACAGCCUGGCUCGACUUCCCCAACUCCACCGAACCAGCCGCCGCCGCGGGCGCGGAGGUGACGCUGAGCUCCCAGCUGCUCACCUCCUUUCUGCUCGGCGCGCUCAUCCUGUGCGCAGCCUUUGGAAACGGCUGCGUGGUGGCGGCCAUCGCGCUGGAGCGCUCCCUGCAGAACGUGGCCAACUACCUGAUCGGCUCCCUGGCCGUCACCGACCUGAUGGUGUCGGUGCUGGUGCUGCCCAUGGCGGCGCUCUACCAGGUUCUGGACCGCUGGACCCUCGGCCCGGUGCCGUGCGACAUCUUCAUCUCCCUGGACAUGGUGUGCUGCACCUCAUCCAUCCUGCACCUGUGCGCCAUCGCGCUGGACCGCUACUGGGCCAUCACCGAGCCCAUCGACUACAUGAAGAAACGGACGCCGAGGCGAGCCGCGGUUCUGAUCAGCGUCACCUGGAUAGUCGGCUUCUCCAUCUCGGUGCCGCCGAUGCUGGUGAUGCGCUCCCAGCCGAGCGGCGACGCGGAGGACCGGCACAGCCAGAUGGAGUGCAAGAUCCGGCAGGACCCGUGGUACACGAUAUACUCCACGUUCGGCGCGUUUUACAUCCCGCUGACGCUGAUGCUGGUUCUGUACGGGCGGAUUUUCAAAGCGGCGCGGUUCCGGAUCAGGAGGACUGUGCGUAAAACCGAGAAGAAGAAAGUGUCCGACUCGUGCCUGGCGCUGUCGCCGGCGCUCUUCCACAAGAAGCCGCACGGCGACGCGCAGCAGGGCAAGAGCUGGAAGCGCAGCGUGGAGCCGCGGCCGCCGCUUCCGCCGAGCGUCAACGGCGCAGUGAAGCACGCCGACGACGGCGAGUCUCUGGAGAUCAUCGAGGUGCACAGCACCUCCAGGGGCCACCUGCCGCUGCCCAACACCCCGAGCUCCGCGCCGCUGUUCGAGAGCCGCCACGAAAAGGCGACGGAAGCCAAGCGGAAGAUCGCGCUGGCGCGGGAGCGGAAGACGGUGAAGACUCUGGGCAUCAUCAUGGGCACCUUCAUCCUCUGCUGGCUGCCCUUCUUCAUCGUGGCCCUGGUGAUGCCGUUCUGCCGGGAGUCGUGCUACAUGCCCGGCUGGCUGGAGGCCGUCAUCAACUGGCUGGGAUACUCCAACUCCCUGCUCAACCCGAUCAUCUACGCUUACUUCAACAAAGACUUCCAGAGCGCCUUCAAGAAAAUCAUCAAGUGUCAUUUCUGCAAACCCUGAAUCAGAAACGAACCGGGACAGAAACUCGUGUUGAUAAUUAUCGUUAAAUAUCUCCAGACUGUCUGUAGACUAUGCAUAGAUAAA